AUGGCCAAAGCAACCAAAGCAAAGGCUCGUCCCAUUUCUGCUCGCUCUCGCGCCGCCCGCCGUGAAGCAUCACCAGGAAUUGACCUCGACAAGUCCAUCACUUCAGAAAAGACCACAAAAGAAUCCACCGACUACUACCCUGGAGCGCACGAUGCUGGAAUUUCAAAAAAGAAAAAGCAAAAGCCUAUGAGCCGCGCCCAGCGCAUGCGUAAAGAGAAGGGUUUAGAGCGCGCCGAAAUGAACAUGGAUGUUCUGCACACAAAGAAGGCCAAGAGUUUUGUCAGAGCGAGAAGAAUCGACGACCGUAGAGUGAACUGGGACAACAUCAACGAUAAGAACAAUCGCUUCGUUCAGCCCAAGGCCGCCAAGGGUUCGAAAGCUGUCGAUAUGGAUGCCAACUCUAGCGAUGAAGAACACCCUGGCAGGCCGUCUGUCUUCGCUAUGCCUGGUGAUGAAUGGGAAGACGAGGAUGAGCAAGUAGAGCAGAACAUGAAUGCACCCAAUGCUGCCGAUCCUGUCAACAAUGCUGCCAACAACGACGACGACGACGACGAUGAGAUCCUGUAG